AUGCAUGUUGUUUCACUUAUUGUUAUGCUGCAGAGCAUCCGGCUCUGUGUAGCCAGGCCUGUAGACCUUCAAUCUUCUGUAUUGACAACAGAUGCAGAUGAAAUACUGACCCCGCAAGAUGUGGUUAGUGGAUUUAAGGAUUGGUUCAAACCCAAACCCACUGCCAAAGUCAAGAACACCAAAGACUCUAUCUGUGGCGAUGGUUCAGAGACGUGUGAUCAAUGCGCUAAUAAACCGAAUCCGCCCCUGGAUAUGGGGAAAGUAUCUGACUCUGGCAAGCUUGAUCAGAAGGUCAACGGUACCGUGUUGAAGGAUACCGAAGGGAAUGAAAAGUUCAAUGGCAAGCCGAAAGCCGGAUCAAACGAGGAAUCGAGUCACAAAUCCAAUGACACCAAGAAAUCUUUGGAAUGGCAUGACAUCAGUUGUUUCGGUCAGCACCAGUUUGGAAAACACAGAGACAUCUACCGCAUCUCACAACAGAACUACGCAGGCUUUGCUUGUCCGGAAACCGAGUCAAAGAUGAUUAAAAUGGACGACAACAGUACUUUCAUCUCUUACCAACGAUGGGUCUACGGCGCGCCUUACUAA